AUUUUGUGCAAGAGCCUUUUCUUCUGUUGUUGUUGUUGUUUUUCUUUCUUUCUCUCUCUUUCUCCUUCUUCUUCAUUUUUAGUUUAGUUUUUCAAUUGUGGUUAGAAAAGGAGAUUAUGGGUAAGCUCAUAGAAGAGAAGGCUCUUGAUCAGAAAUUGAAUGGCCAUCAGCAUCGUGAUCGUGAUCAUGCUCGUCAAAAACCUGGGCUUAAUAAUAAUUAUAAUAAUAAAAGCCUUGAAGAGAAAGUUUCAGAGUUUUUGUACAAUGAUUUUGCAGAAUCAGAUGGUAAUUGGGUUAAUGAUGCAACAACCGAUGGCUAUGGUUCAGAUGGUAAUGAAUCCAAUGAUUCUAUCCAACACACCCUUUACUGGGAAUCCCAGCAGGCCUUGCUUCAGGAAAUACUAGAGCGUUAUAUGUUAAUAGGUUCCAAGUUACGGCAAGAAGUUAAUGGAAUAAUAGAGGAGGCCAAAGAGACGGAGUUUUGUAGCUGCAUUAAUCAAUAUCAAACCUUAAGCUUUGCUAUUGGUUGCAUCAACUGCUUGCGCAAGAGAGUUAUAAAUCUGCUUUGUCACAAAGGCCUUAAGGCCACUCUCUGUGUUUCUAAGUGGAAACACACCAAAAACUAUCCUGCAGGGUCACAUGAAUACAUCGAGGUGAUGGCAAGCACACAAGGGCGAAAGAAGCAAAUCCCACUCGUAAUCGAAUUGGAAUUCAGGGACCAAUUCGAGAUCGCGAAAGCAUGCGACGAGUACAUGAAACUGGUAGACAAAUUACCGUUGUGUUACGUAGGCAAAACUGAGUACCUCAACCCUAUCGUGGGAGUGAUGUGCGAUGCUGCCAAAAGGUCAAUGGAGGAGAAGAAACUGCAUAUGGGUCCUUGGAGAAAGCGAAGCUUCAUGCAGAUGAAAUGGUCUAGUACUUCCGAGCGACGAUCCCUUAACGACGAACCUUCGAGGCAACUACUUCAUCAAUCUUGCUCAAAAUCUUCCAAACCUGCUGCCGCAGGAAUCAUUUCCAAACGAAAACUUGACAAUUCUUGCUGAUACAGAUGCUGGGGGAUGCAUUUUUGGUCUCAUGAUUCAGUGAUUCCAUAGUUUCCAACCUAAUGAAUACUAUAAUGUACGAUCAAUGGCAAAUGUUAGUGAUAAAUAUAUGAAACCGCAAAAUAAUGAUUGCUAUAUAAAUAAUUGAGACGAGCCCCGAGUAUUUUUGUACUAUGAGAGAGAGAGAGAGAGAGAGAGAGAGAGAGAGACCAUCUAUUAGAAAUUUUGUUAUGGAAAGCAAGAUCCAAGUCCAGUGCUGCUCAAUGGGGCACCAACUUUGUAUCUCGAGAGACAUUAAAGUGUGAAUAUAGGGUCAUGUAGCCAUAAGAAGCUGGAAUUGGAUAAUUGUACCGGCAUUUAUGUAAACAGUUUGAUUCACAGCCAAGUUUUGCAAUAAUACCAUCUGCAUUGCUUAUUAA